AUGGAUUACAACUGGUUGGAUCAUACGUCUUGGCAUAGCAGUGAGGCAUCCCCAAUGUCUUUGCAUCCAGUAACUUGGCAACCAUCCAAAGAUGGAGACCGUCUCAUUGGUCGAAUUUUGUUAAAUAAACGACUAAAAGAUGGAAGUGUGCCUAGAGACUCAGGAGCAAUGCUUGGAUUGAAGGUAGUAGGAGGAAAAAUGACUGAAUCAGGUCGACUCUGCGCAUUUAUCACCAAAGUUAAAAAAGGAAGCUUAGCUGAUACAGUGGGGCAUCUUAGACCAGGUGAUGAAGUAUUAGAAUGGAAUGGAAGGCUACUACAAGGAGCCACCUUUGAGGAGGUAUAUAACAUCAUUUUAGAAUCCAAACCUGAGCCACAAGUGGAGCUUGUCGUUUCAAGACCAAUAGGGGACAUUCCCAGAAUACCUGACAGCACACAUGCACAGCUGGAGUCCAGUUCUAGUUCAUUUGAAUCUCAAAAAAUGGACCGACCUUCAAUUUCAGUGACUUCUCCUAUGAGUCCUGGCAUGUUAAGGGAUGUUCCACAGUUCUUGUCUGGACAACUUUCAAGCCAAAGCCUUAGUAGAAGAACAACGCCUUUUGUUCCUAGGGUUCAGAUAAAACUGUGGUAUGACAAGGUUGGUCAUCAGUUAAUAGUGACAAUAUUGGGAGCAAAGGAUCUUCCUUCAAGGGAAGAUGGGAGGCCAAGGAAUCCUUAUGUUAAAAUUUACUUUCUUCCAGACAGAAGUGAUAAAAAUAAAAGAAGAACAAAAACAGUAAAGAAAACAUUGGAACCUAAGUGGAAUCAGACGUUCAUUUAUUCUCCAGUUCAUCGGAGAGAGUUUAGAGAAAGAAUGUUAGAAAUUACUCUUUGGGACCAAGCACGAGUUCGAGAGGAAGAAAGUGAAUUUUUAGGAGAGAUUCUUAUUGAGUUAGAGACAGCGUUACUGGAUGAUGAACCUCACUGGUACAAACUUCAAACGCAUGAUGUCUCUUCAUUGCCACUUCCCCAUCCCUCACCAUAUAUGCCACGCAGGCAACUCCAUGGCGAGAGUCCCACACGGAGGUUACAAAGGUCCAAAAGAAUCAGUGACAGUGAAGUCUCUGAUUAUGACUGUGAUGAUGGAAUUGGUGUUGUUUCAGAUUAUCGACAUAAUGGGAGAGAUCUUCAAAGUUCAACGCUAUCAGUGCCAGAACAAGUUAUGUCAUCUAAUCAUUGCUCUCGAUCAGGGUCCCCUCACCGUGGAGAUAGUAUAGGACGGACUAGAUCGUGGUCUCCCAGUGUCCCUCCUCCACAAAGUCGGAAUGUGGAUCAGGGACCACGAGGGAUUCGAUCUACUCCUGCUCAUUACAAUACCCUGAACCGAAUGGAUAGACACCGUGUUAUAGAUGACCACUACUCCUCGGACAGAGAGAGUCAUUAUGUUACUUUACCUCGUUCCCGGUACACCCAGUCCACAGAACACCAUUACAGAGAUGCCAGGAAUUGUGAAGCAGCAGAUAGACAGCCAUAUCAAAGAUCCAGAUCAACAGAGCAACGUCCUAUGCUAGAGCGGACCAACUCCCGCUCCCGAUCCACAGAGCGUCCUGACUCAAACCUCAUCAGGUCGAUGCCUUCAUUAAUGACUGGAAGAUCUGCCCCUCCUUCACCUGCCUUACCGAGGUCACAUCCUCGAACUGGGUCUGUUCAGACAAGUCCAUCAAGUACUCCAGUAGUAGGGCGAAGGGGCAGGCAGUUACCACAGCUCCCACCAAAGGGGACACUGGAGAGAAUGAUCACAGAAGAAGUGGAAUCACCAAGGAGAAGAAACUCAGGUGCAAUGGAUGUAGAAGAGAGGAAUCGCCAAAUGAAAAUGAGCAAGUACAAACAGGUAGCAGGAUCAGAUUCCAGGCUGGAACAAGAUUAUCAUUCUAAG